GAUCAACAUUUGAUAUCUGAGAUCCCUAACAUCCUAUACGGUUUUGAUGUAGCAAAGGCAAUGGUUUCGACUCCGGUAUCAACGGCCUCGUCAUUCGACACUCAGAUGAUGCAAGAAGUGUUUGAUCAAGCAAUUGAGGAAACUUGUCGAAAUUUCGGCUUACUAUCUCCAUACAAGCAUGAGCUGCUUACUCGAGAAGAUGAUAUCAUGAAACUGCUUGAAAGUAAAGAGGACACAACGAUUAAGGGGGAUGAAGAUGGCGAAUGUUUGACAUACGAUGGAAUGAUUUGUAAAGAAAGAGCGAAGAAAUUUCCUCCCUCAUACUACCAUGUGGAGGAGAUGAACAAGGGUCCAGAAAUCUCCAGAACACUUGCCUAUGAGGACUCAGUUUCAGUGGACUUUGCUCCCCGUCUGGCGAGGAUUCCAUCACAAUACCAACUCGAGUCACUAACAGAAGUUUAUGUUUGCGAUUAUCCUUCACUGUUUUGCCAUAAUAGACCAUGUACAGAAGCGAUGGAUGUUGAGUCACUAUCGACAGCCUUUCCAACAAAUCACAUUGUAUCCGAAGCAACAGAACUUCAUCCAGUGUAUUCGGAAUAUGUGUCUGAGAUGUUGUACUAG